GCGGGGCUUCAUCUGUCACCAACCGAAGAACAACAACAACAAACUGAAGGCUCGGGGGGUUCCGGGGACGGACUGGAAACAUGGAGUCGUCCUCCGAUGAGGAGGAGGUCCGCACCUUCAUCGAAGUCAUCAGCGAGAAGUACAACCCUGAGAAUUUCCCCUACAGCCCGGGAGUCAUGGUUCUGCCCAGCCCUCCGGGAUCCCCCGUCAAAGAUCGUCUCUUCUUACCAAACAUACUGGUUCUGAACCACCGGGGCAUCAACAAAGCCGGCGACAGGUCGGACAUCGCGGCUUUCUGUGGUCACGUGGUGGAGCUGGACCUGUCCCACAAUCAGUUCAACGACUGGGGAGAGAUCUGCACCAUCGUUUCCAACAUCCCCCACCUGGACUUCCUCAACCUGAGCACGAACCCUCUGAGCGGCGUGGAGCUGGAGCCCAGCAUGGCCGAGGUCUUCUCCAGAGUCCGACGGCUCGUCCUCAUCAACACGCACAUCAGCUGGGACACCGUGCACACGCUCACGCGACAUACGCCGGAGCUGGAGGAGCUUUUCUUGUGCCUGAACGGCUACGACACCGUGUCCGAGUCGCAGGCGCCCUGUCCGUCGCUGCGCCUGCUGCAGAUCACAGACAACCAGCUGCAGAAAUGGGCAGAAGUGAGGAAGUUCGGGCUGCUGUACCCCAGCCUGAGCGCACUGGUGCUGGCCAACAACAGCGUGGACUGUGUGGGAGACACUCAGGACACACUGGAGCGUCUGUUUCCCAACCUGCGCAGCAUCAACCUCAACAAUUCAGGGCUUAGCAAAUGGAAUGACAUCGAAAGGCUGAACUUCUUUCCUAAGCUGGAGGAAGUCAAAGCAAAAGGGAUUCCUUUGCUGCAGUCGUACAGCACCCAGGAGAGACAUAGCCUCCUGUUAGCGCAGCUGCCAUCUGUAACGGUGCUGAACGGGAGUGCCGUGUCUGACGGGGAGAGGGAGGAUGCUGAGAGGUUCUUCAUCAGGUACUACCAGGACUUUCCAGAACAGGAGCUCCCCGAGAGGUACCACAUCCUGGUGUCCAAGUACGGCCACCUGGCUCCGCUGGCAGACGUGGACCUGAGGCCUCGCUGCACCCGGGUGGACGUUCGCUUCGGCGAGCGGGUGGAAGCGGUCAGCCUCCGUCUGGAGCACACGGUGGGCGACCUGAAGAAACAAAUCAAAGCUCUGCUGCAGCUGCCCACCAACGGCGUCAGGCUCUUCUACAUCGACAGAGAAAUGUGCUCAGUCCUGGGACCCGAGGAGCUCCGGUGCAGCUCCAGAGCCCUCCACUCCUACAGCAUUCGAGACGGGGACGAGAUUCUCGUUGUGCCCAAAGCCAAAAGCCGCUGCAGCUCGUCAGAUCUUUGAGUCGGGGGGGUUUCUGUGGCGUUGGAUGGACGGGACACAGUAGUCAAGCCACAGCUCACUGCUAAACCUGAAAUAUUGUUAUUAAACACUCGUGUGUUUACUCGGCCUGA